CGUUCCAAGAUGGCCGCGGCGCUCGCGGCCCCUGCGGCGGGCUAGAGGCGGAGGCGGAGCCCGCUCCCUCCCGCACUCGGGGGCUCCGGGGGGCCAUGCGGGCCGCCGGGCACGGAUGAGAGACGCGGCCGCCGAGCCGGUGCCCCCGCCCGCCGUGGCCGUGCCCCGCGCCGCCGCCGCCGCCAUGGAGGAGCCGCCGCCGCCGCCGCCGCCGCCGGAGCCCGAGCCCGAGCCCGAGCGCUGCCGGGGGGCGAGGCAGGAGGGCCCCCUGGGAGAUGGGGCCGGCGGGAACUCGGAGUCUGACACUGAGGACUUUUCAGAGGAGACCACCACCGAGAGCCUGUACGGCACCUCGCCGCCCAGCACCCCGCGGCAGAUGAAGCGCCUGUCGGCCAAACACCAGAGGAACAGCGGCAGCCGGCCGGCCAGCCGGGCCGGUGUGAAAGACAAGAUGAGUGCCCCGAGCCAGCCCCCGCCCCGAGACGCCGGCAGGCCGGCGGAGGGCGCCGAGGAACACACCUCCAAGCAGGAGAAGAAGAUCCGGGCCGCACUCAGGACCACCGAGCGGGAUCACAAGAAGCACGCGCAGUGCUCCUUCAUGCUGGACUCCGUGGCGGGGGCACUGCCCAAAAAGCCCAUCCCGGACGUGGACCUCAAUAAGCCUUACCUCAGCCUGGGCUGCAGCCACGCCAAGCUGCCCGUGUCGGUGCCCAUGCCCAUCCCCAGGACGGCCCGCCAGACCUCCCGGACCGACUGCCCCGCCGAUCGCCUGAAGUUCUUCGAGACGCUGCGGCUUCUGCUCAAGCUUACCUCAGUCUCCAAGAAGAAGGACCGGGAGCAGCGGGGCCAGGAGAACACGUCCGCCUUCUGGUUCAACCGCUCCAACGAGCUCAUCUGGCUGGAGCUGCAGGCCUGGCACGCGGGGCGCACCAUCAACGACCAGGACCUCUUCCUCUACACGGCCCGGCAGGCCAUCCCGGACAUCAUCAACGAGAUCCUGAAUUUCAAAGUCAACUACGGGGCCUUUGCCUUCGCGCGCAACGGCGCGGGGCUGAACGGGCCCCCGGGGGCCUGCGAGAAGGGCGCGGGCGGCUCCACGUACCACGAGCACCUGCAGCGCCAGCGGGCGUCGUUCGAGCAGGUGAAGCGCAUCAUGGAGCUGCUGGAGUACAUAGAAGCACUUUACCCGUCCCUGCAGGCGCUCCAGAAGGACUACGAGAAGUACGCAGCCAAGGACUUCCAGGACAGGGUGCAGGCGCUCUGCCUGUGGCUGAACAUCACGAAGGACUUGAACCAGAAGCUGCGGAUUAUGGGCACGGUUCUGGGCAUCAAGAACUUGUCAGACAUUGGCUGGCCAGUGUUUGAGAUCCCGUCUCCUCGCUCCUCCAAGGGCAACGAGCCCGACGACGACGACGACGAGGAGGAGGGCGACGGCCCCGACGGAGACUUGAAGGAGCUGGACAGCAGCACGGAGGAGAGCGAAGAGGACCAGUUCCCGGACCCCAGGGCGUCCUCGGACGGCGGAGGCAGGGGGCCGCUGCGGCUGGACUUCGAGGAGGAGGCUGUUGGCUGGGGCACCCCAGACGGCGGCGUGAACGCGGGCUUGAGCCGGCACUGCCUGACUUCGAUCUACCGACCCUUUGUGGACAAAGCACUGAAGCAGAUGGGCCUGCGGAAGCUCAUCCUGCGCCUGCACAAGCUCAUGGACGGCUCCCUGCAGCGGGCACGCAGGGCCCUGCUCAGCGGGGACCACGCCCAGGAGUUCCCCGAGUUUCCGGAUCCCAUGUGGGGCUCCGAUUACGUGCAGCUCUCCAGGACGCCGCCCCCCUCGGAGCAGACGUGUAGCUCCGUGUCUUGGGACGAGCUCCAGGCCAUGGACCUGCCCUCCUUCGAGCCGGCCUUCCUGGUCCUCUGCCGAGUCCUGCUCAACGUCAUCCACGAGUGUCUGAAGCUAAGGCUGGAGCAGAGGCCUGCCGGCGAGCCUUCCCUUCUGAGCAUCAAGCAGCUGGUGCGCGAGUGCAAGGAGGUGCUGAAGGGCGGCCUGCUGAUGAAGCAGUACUACCAGUUCAUGCUGCACGGGGUGCUGCUCUCCCGCGGAGAGGCCGACUGCAACAUCGACGCCUUCCAGGAGGACCUGCACAAGAUGCUCAUGGUGUAUUUCGAUUACAUGAGAAGCUGGAUCCAAAUGCUGCAGCAAUUACCUCAAGCAUCCCAUAGCUUAAAGAACCUCUUAGAAGAAGAGUGGAACUUCACCAAAGAAAUCACCCACUACAUCCGGGGCGGAGAGGCGCAGGCGGGGAAGCUGUUCUGUGACAUCGCGGGGAUGCUGCUCAAGUCCACGGGGAGCUUCCUGGAGUCGGGCCUGCGGGAGAGCUGCGCCGAGUUCUGGACCAGCGCCGACGACAGCAGCGCUGCCGACGAGAUCAGGAGGUCCGUCAUCGAGACGAGCCGCGCGCUGAAGGAGCUGUUCCACGAGGCCCGGGAGCGAGCCUCCAAGGCGCUGGGCUUCGCCAAGAUGCUGAGAAAGGACCUGGAGAUCGCAGCCGAGUUUGUCCUUUCCGCCCCAAUUCAAGGCCUUCUGGAUUUUCUGAAGUCAAAGCAGUAUGUGAAGGUGCAGGUCCUCGGCCUGGAGGGCCUGCACGCCUUCGUGCCCCACGCGUGCGCGGAGAAGAGCAUCAUCCUGCAGCUGCUGAAUGCCGCGGCAGGGAAGGACUGCAAGAAGGACUCGGACGACCUGGACCUGGCCUACCUGCUGCUGACCAAGCACAGUGACCACGACAGCUGGGCCGCCUGGGAGGCGCAGCCCGUCAAAGUGGUGCCCCAGGUGGAGACCGUGGACACGCUGAGGAGCAUGCAGGUGGAGCAGCUGCUGCUGGUGGUCCUGCAGUCCGCCCACCUCAACAUGCAGAGGAAGGCCUUCCAGCAGGCCAGCGAGGGCCUCCUGCCCCUGCACCAGGAGCAGACGUCCAGCCAGCCGGUCAUCGCCAAGGGCCUGCAGCAGCUGAAGAACGACGCGCUGGAGCUGUGUGCGCGCAUCAGCGCCGCCAUCGACUGCGUGGACCACAUGUUCACGGCCGAGUUCGACGCUGAGGGGGAUGAGGCGGAGUCGGCCACGCUGCAGCAGUACCACCGCGAGGCCAUGAUCCAGGGCUACAACUUCGGGUUUGAGUACCACAAGGAAGUGGUCCGUCUGAUGUCUGGAGAGUUCCGGCAGAAGAUCGGAGACAAGUACAUCAGCUUUGCCCGCAAGUGGAUGAAUUACGUGCUGACCAAAUGUGAGAGCGGGAGAGGCACCCGGCCCAGGUGGGCAACGCAAGGCUUCGACUUCCUGCAGGCCAUCGAGCCCGCCUUCAUUUCCGCUCUGCCCGAGGAUGACUUCUUGAGUUUACAAGCUUUGAUGAAUGAAUGCAUCGGCCACGUCAUAGGAAAGCCACACAGCCCCGUCACAGCCAUCCACCGGAAUAGCCCCCGCCCCGUGAAGGUGCCCCGCUGCCACAGCGACCCACCCAACCCACACCUCGUCAUCCCGACUCCAGAGGGAUUCAGCACUCGGAGCGUGCCUUCGGAUGCGCGGAGCCACGGCGGCCUUGCCGCCGCCACCGCCGCCGGGCGCCCUGGCCCCGUCGGCAGCGACUCUGCAGCGCCCAAACCCACCAGCAGUGCCCAUGACGCCAGGGGUUCCAGCGUCCCCGAGAAUGACCGCCUGGCUUCCGUCGCCGCCGAGCUGCACUUCCGGUCCCUGAGCCGCCACUCCAGCCCCACCGAGGAGCGAGACGAGCCCGCGUAUCCUAAGGGUGACUCGGGAGCGCCGACACGGAGGAGCUGGGAGCUUCGGACCCUCCUCAGCCAGACCAAGGAGUCCGCCUCGCGGCAAGGCCCCAUGGAGGCCAUCCAGAAGUCGGUGCGGCUGUUCGAGGAGAAGCGGUGCCGCGAGAUGCGGAGGAGGAACAUCAUCGGCCAGGUCUGCGACACGCCCAAGUCCUACGACAACGUCAUGCACGUGGGCCUGAGGAAGGUGGCCUUCAAGUGGCAGAGGGGGAACAAGAUCGGGGAAGGCCAGUACGGGAAGGUCUACACGUGCAUCAGCGUGGACACCGGCGAGCUGAUGGCCAUGAAGGAGAUCCGCUUUCAGCCCAAUGACCACAAGACCAUCAAGGAGACGGCCGACGAGCUGAAGAUCUUCGAGGGCAUCAAGCAUCCCAACCUGGUUCGGUACUUCGGGGUGGAGCUGCACCGGGAGGAGAUGUACAUCUUCAUGGAGUACUGCGACGAGGGCACCUUGGAGGAGGUGUCGCGCCUGGGGCUGCAGGAGCACGUCAUCCGCCUGUACUCGAAGCAGAUCACCGUCGCCAUCAACGUCCUCCACGAGCACGGCAUCGUCCACCGCGACAUCAAAGGCGCCAACAUCUUCCUCACCUCCGCUGGGCUCAUCAAGCUGGGCGACUUCGGGUGCUCCGUCAAGCUCAAAAACAACGCACAGACCAUGCCAGGAGAAGUGAACAGCACGCUGGGGACAGCAGCAUACAUGGCCCCGGAGGUCAUCACCCGAGCCAAGGGGGAAGGCCACGGGCGGGCCGCCGACAUCUGGAGCCUAGGCUGUGUCGUCAUCGAGAUGGUGACUGGCAAGAGGCCUUGGCACGAGUACGAGCACAACUUCCAGAUCAUGUACAAGGUGGGGAUGGGGCACAAGCCCCCCAUCCCGGAGCGGCUGAGCCCGGAAGGCAAGGACUUCCUCUCGCACUGCCUGGAGAGCGAGCCGCGCAUGCGCUGGACGGCCAGCCAGCUGCUCGACCACUCCUUCAUCAAGGUCUGCACGGAUGAAGAGUGACCGUGACUCGCGCUCAGUCCUGCAGCGCCCUUCCCUCGCGGCGGCCCGAGUGUCUGCGUGGGCGCCGGCGGGCAGCCCUCCCGGACACGGCGGGGACGCCCUCACUCCUGCUGCUCUCUCUGAUGGCCGUGGCCGGGCGCCCGAGGUCGGAAGCUGCGUGUUAAGUGCCAUUACUACUGUACAGGGACCAGCGCUCGGGCGCUGCCCGGCAGACAGCUGGGGGCGGGGCCGCGGGCCGCCAGCCCUGUCUGUCCGUCCAUCUGUCCGUCCGUCCGUCCUGCACUGACUGUGGGCCCUGCCCGUCCCGCUGUGUUGGCGGCGCAAGCCGCAGGUUUGUUAUGCAAAAGGCCGAUGAAUGAAAUUUAAAGAAAGUUCUUUUUUCAAUAAAUGGUUUAUUUUAGGAA